AAAAAAUAUCCCUCACGCUCAGUGCGUCGCUUGUUGAAGAUUUUCGUUUCGUUGGAUUCCCAUUGAGAAGUUCAAGUGAAAUGCUUUUCCUAGAUUAUUUGAGGUAAUUUAUGUAAUUUAACAAGCAUAUUUGAUAGACGAACUGGCUCCUUUCAUCCGGAAAAGCGGUGCAGGAAAUAUUUACAUACUGUCUUUAGGUUAAUGCGAGUUUCGACGGACCUGUAAAUGUCAACUUCUUUCACUUUUAAAUUUUUGCCAAGAAAUGGUGGCCGUCUCUCUUACAAAUAUCACAAAACUGUGACUUCGCGUGAUGGUUUUUAAUGGCACCUAUUCUUAUAUCACGCAAAUAGCAGGCGUCCUUAUGUAAAAAGUUAAACCGUCCGUGAAUAACACAGUACACGCAAUUAGUCUUGGCGGUUUUUUCUGUCAGACCAAAUUUCUAUUAAACGCCUUUAUAUAUCAGGGCGCUUUCAAACCAAAUAGCUCUGAAAAAAGAGUAGUAGCUGGCUCACCUAAUAACAAAAAGCUAAGGUAAGCUCAAACUGUUUAAGUUUUACUGGACUGGUCAAUGUUUGCCGUUGUAUCCUUGCCGAGCAGAGGAAAGUGCAUGCUGCUGUUUGCCAAGUCUUAAUUCGUAGUCUGUUUUUCAAACGAUACUUUCACUGACAUUUUCUUGACAUGUUGCAACACUUUAAGGAUGUAAUAAUUUGGUUGAAGCUUUUUUUAUAAGCCAAUCGAUCUUUCCCGAGUAAUAAUUUGAAAUGUAAAAAUCGAGAAGUAAAAUUGAAUUCCAUUCAUGUGCCAUGUAAGCUUCUCACGAUUAUGGGAAAUAAUACGAGGCUGAGCUUCAAGUAUGUUCACCUCUUUACGCAAUUCUUGAACAUCCCUCUUCCAAGUCGUGUUAUUUCGCCCGGCAUGAUACGCUUGGUGAAGACUGAACAAAGGUGAAUUUUAGAGCUGGGUUGAUGGUAAUUAACAAAUGUUUUUUUUUUUUCAAGGGAUAAUUUUGGUUUAAAAUUCAGCAAAAGAUUCCACGUACAUCAUUCAAGAAGCAUUUAACUUGUGUAAAGAGUUUCGGCACAACUUUCCCUCUCCAAACCAACACAGUACCGUUAGUAACACAUGAUUGGUUACGGCUAUGCAUGCACCUGUUAACCAUGUAGGCCACAAUAUCCACAAACAAAUUCUCCCAACUAAUAUCCAUUCAUUUCAUCAAAGAAUUAGUUAAGAGGAAUUUGUUUGAGGAUUGAAGCGUUUCAUCUAGGUGAUCAUUUCAUUAAUUCUUAUAACUUUUUCUCUUGAUUACGCAUUAAUAUUGUUAGGAGAAAAUUGAUGUUGGUCACUCUUUGGAGUUAAAAGGUUAAGGGUCCAAGCUCACUGUUAAAACUCUAUGUGUUAUUAUACAAGAUUAUGGAGCUGAAGAUGCAAAGAUUCUCUCAAGACAUUUAAUUAAUAUUAUCAAAAUAAAAACUCAAAGUACAGUGUACAGACUAAAAAUAAUUUGUUCAUGGAAAUUGCCUCUGUCAGUGAGACAAGUGAAUUCAGACGUAAAAGCUAUUAGUUUCAGUCUGUUUCACAUACCAGUAAUGUGACUAUAUUUUUUUUGUAUGUGGCACCUGAUAAUUACGUAAUCGCUCAUAAAGAACUUACCGUACUUAAAUUGUCUUCAAUUUCUUGAGACUUCUUUGAUUAUCUUAAAAUUGCCUGCUGGAAAUAUGUUCCUUCCAAUUUCAUACAGGUUACAUUUCAUCCAAAAUCCUAAGAGAACAUGGAAUAAUUACUUGAAGCUAAAUUUAAUUAAUGAUUUAUUACAUAGCUACCUUGGGGUCAAUUUUGUCGCUCAGCCAUGCAAUUCUAAAUAAAUAUCCAGUUUGAAAUGUGUUAAUUUUAAUGGUAUUUGAACUGUUUAAGCUACUAAAAAUGAAACUACUGAUUCAGAACUGAUAUAUCUACUGAUCAUUGAUGUCAAGAAAACUGAUCAACUCUUGCAAGUUUUAUUUAGAGUAUAAGGUAUGCUCAGUGUAACAAAUAGUAGUGUAUUGACAAGAUAAAAUCUGUUGCUGAUGUUUUUCCUGUAGUUUUUUGAGCUUAUGUUAAUUUAAAUGCAGUAUCUGUCAGAGCUUGUUCUAUGCCUCAGGGGUAAUUUCUUUAAAUGCAGAAAGUUGUGUACAGACAGAAUUCACGAUGAAUGUGCAACAACUUUAAUAGGUUUUGAAUGGUUAGUCAUUGAUGGGGCUAUCCAUCUUUUGAACAACCGGGCCAGAAUAGCAUUGCCCACCCUUGUGAAUAGCAUUGCACACCCUUUGAACAACUGGGGACUGGGACCAGAUUGUUAAGAAAAUGGAAAAAUUGUUUUGCACAUUACCAGGACAUAAGUUUAGUCACUACAUAGUAUUACAUAAUAACAAAAUUUACAAAUUGUUGUUUUCGUCAUAGUCACAAUGGUUUAAACAUGCAAAACAAGAAUGAUCAUGCAACAAUUUUAAAUCGUGGUUAUUAUAGAUGAGUUUACAUGUACAUGUAUAUCGGCGGGUGACCACCAUUAGGGUAUCCUAUCGCAUGUAAAGUGUAGCUUGUGUAGCAGGCGCUUGGAAGUAAUGGGUGGAGGAAAGAGCAGGGUGCAUGAGGGGAGAGGGGGUGCCUGCCCAAGAGACCCAUGAAAAUUGUUUCCUGCCCCCUAUCCAAUUACCUGGCAGCCACUGCAUAAUCUGUCAAAAAUUUUGACAGAAAAUGAUUGACCUCACACAAACAAAGCAUGCCAAAGCGUUGUACAUUUAUAUCCUUGGUCUAUCUGUUAUAAAGAUCAGUUAGGUUAUCUGAUUAUAGAGUGAUGGAGCAAUAAACCAACGAUAAACACACAGUAUUAAAUCAUUUUAAACCAAGGGCAUGAUAAAUACGAAAAAACAGAGUGAAAAAUGGAUAUUGUUUAACAAAUGCAUGCUGUAUUUUAAAAAGCUAAAUCUUGUUCUCUGAGACUACAAAAUCACAACUGUACAGACACCGAACUACAGCUUACAUGGAAAAUGACCAUUGCUUUUGCUGUUUUGGGAGCAGGCUUGUCUUACUAAACAAGCCUAAAAUUGAGAACACAAACUGUACUGAGACGUUUCUACAGGCUGCAAUAACGAGGCAUUAACAUCAUACGCCAGGUUGUCUUUGAACAAAUCAUAACAAUAGGCUACUUGCACAAAGAGGUCACGUGACCAAUGCUUCCUUUAAACAAUGAGUUGGAAUCUUGCUGAUGCCAAAAAUUGACAGAGCACAUAGAAUUUAUCUUACACCAGAAAUUUGAGAGGAAAUGCGAUUAAAAGAGAUAUUUUAUGGCACUUUGAUUUUUAGUAGUAGUAUGAUUUGUAUUGGCUGCCAUGUUGUAGGACAUACUCGUGCCUUCCAACGUGGCAGCCAAAACUACUUUUUGCUUAUAUCUUGUUAAAUGUUUGAUAGUUUCUCUCAGAUGUGCUGUAAACAUUACUACAUCAUCUUUUCAACAUUUUCCUUGAAGUUUAAGUGCAAAAUUUGUGUUCAGAAAGAGGUAAUUCAUAAUUUUGAAAAUCACAUUUUGGUCAUGUGACUAGCUACAAACUUACUCAUUUUAAGAAAAUGGCGUGGGUUUGAAAAACCAAAUUACUAUUAUUUUGUUGAAGAUAGAACCCACCAAUCGUUUUUCGAAGGAAAAAUCAUAACUUUUGUUUUCAAAAAAACAAUGUCACAUGACCUCUUAGUACAAUGGCCUAUAGCGAAAGUUUUUCAAAUUCAUGCCCCUCAGUGGAAAGUGUUUCAUUUCAUUAAUCCUGUCUAGGUCUUGAUGGUAUGUGUUCCAUCAACAGUGGAAGCCCCCAAGUUAUUUUUGAACAAAGAAUCUUUCCUCUGAUCCUCAUUUCAACGAUUCAACAAAUCUUUUGUCUGUCGCCGCUUCUGCUAAUGCAUAUUUGAUGUCAAAUCACUCCUUUGUGAGUACUGUUUGAACACUCCAUCUGUUCUUUUAGAUUACAGCCACAAAGUCCCACUGAAGUGACCUCCAAGAUCUGAAGUUCAAUUAUACCAUUUAGUGAUGUAACAAAAGAACUUCACUGCCUUGUCUGUCCAUCUACUACAUGUGUACAAAAUAAUGAUCUCGUGUUUUCUUUGAUUGACAGUUUUCUCGCCUAAUGCAAACACUUAUCCCCUCAGGAGCCUCUAAACCAGUAGGACUUCCACACUCUCAGAAAGCAAUUUUCAUGGGCCUCUCAGGCGGGCACUCCCUCUCUCCUCGCGUGUCUCCCUUGCAUGCCCCAUUCUUUCUUGCGCCUGUUACUUUCUAUAUAAAGUGCAUAUAUAUACUACUAGAUAACUUAUGCAUCUGUUUUUUCGACAGUGUUGCCAAGGGCUGCUUUGAACUACGCAAGAUCUAAUUUGUUCUUGAAAAUGAUACCUGCAGUGUUAGCCUCAGCGAUACCUGAAGACAGCUCUGUAACACACAGAUCAUGCAAGAGUAGCUCAACAUCACCAAGGUUUUGCUGGGUCAAACCCAGUAAAAUGUUUUACUGCAAGAUCUGUUUGUCAGAGUGUCAUAUCAAGAAAGGUCAAACAUUGGAGAAGUGCACUUGCACAUUCUGUAAAGAGGUUUGUAAAAACACUGCACAGUUUUAAUAUUAUUAGCAUGACUAUACUACAAUCUUUGCAUGACCCUCUCAGUGAUUUUUACUGAUUUCCUUUAGUUUCAUUUAAUGGGCCAUGAAUAUUCUGGCACAGCUCAGGUCUUUUAUCAAUUUAUGAUUUUUUAUAGGAUUUUGAGUGUCAAACAUUCACAAAUUAACCCCCAAUAGCUACCUAAAGUAAACUUCCCAAAAUGUUUUUGAUAGAAUUUGCUGAAAAAAUUGUUUUUUCUGUCUAUGCUAACCCUGUGUCUUCUUGGGCCAAAUUAGUCACUCUGAUCCAAUGCAAGAAAGAAGGUUCAUGAGCAAAAAACAUCUUAAGAUUAAGGGAGCUGGUAACUAUUAUUUCAAAACAAUAGGUUAUUGUUCCAGUUCAAAAGUUAAGAGCCCUCUUAUCUUAAGAAGGUUUUAUGCAACCUGGCCCUGACCCCCAACAUUAAAUGUCCAUUUUUCUCUAUUAGAACAGCCUUCAAAAUAUUACAAUAUUCCAUGAUACUAAAAAGGUCUUUGCUCCUCCCUGUCACACUGACUAUAAAAGCUUUAAUUGUUACUCUUACCAAGCAUUAAAAAAGAAUUAUUUUAUUUGCAGUGCCUGGAGCAGUAUGUCUUGUUUUCAAUUAGCAAUGGAAAUGUUCUCAAGUUACCUUGCCCAGAUGCUCUUUGCCGCAAAAGUGGCCAGUUAACGUCCAAUGAGGUCAGUAAGCGGGGGUUAGCAGAGUUGUCAUUUCAUUUAUUAGUACAUUUUAUUUUUUGAUGAGUCAGCUGAGAAAAGGAAAAAUCAUUAAGAAAUAAAAUGCAAUGUAUGAUAACAUGUUAACAUCACGUAAUGUUGCUUAAAUUUGUACUGUUAGGUUUCUCAGCUGGUUAAUGAGGAAAUGUUUCAGAAGUAUGUUGUAUUACGCAGAAAGAAAGGUGACACUGGUCAUUUUUGUUUUGUGAUUUAGCUGCUUUCUUUCACCUAGUAAGCAAAUACAUGUGGCCUUUUCUUACCAUUUUCCUUUUUGGUCGUAGAGGUUGCUGUUGAUAAAACAAAAUCAUUUUGCCCAAUGGUUGGCUGUGAUGGAAUAUGCAGUGGAAUUCCUGGCGUCUCAGAGCCUACAACCUGCCAAGAGGUAAUAACUUCACAGAAGGGAAAUUCCGUUAAGCUUUACAGCAAAAUUUUGAGUACUCACUCAUCACUGCAGGUCUUCAUCAGGUGUUGGUUGUGAUUGGGUGUGUGGAAGUAUUAACAGCAAGUAACAUGGCAGUUAGAAUUGUUAUAUUUAAUUCUUAGAUGGUCAACAUCAAUUAUCCUCAUUUUUUUGUUUUAGAAUAAUAUGUUCCCUUAGUUUUCAGCCAUUUUACCAAUCAACUGUUUUGUUGUCUGAGCAUAGGCAUCUACAGUAGAACCCAGGUAACUCGAACUCUGAAGGGAAACAAGAAACAGUUCGAAUUAGCAGGGAAUUCGAGUUAUUGGGGUAAAUUUUGGUGAAAUUUUGAUCAAGGGAAAGGAAAUUUAGUUUGAGUUAGUGGGGAAUUCAAGUUAUUGGAGUUUGAGUUAUGGGGGCUCUAUUGUAUUGUUUUGGAAGACCAUUUGUCUUUGGAGCCCAGCGAUCAGAGUUUAACCAGUGGAGGAAGUGGUCAAUAAAUUUAUCCUUGAAUUGAAAUAUAACAUAAACUUAACCUUCUCCUAAUGCAGAUUUUGUCAGAUCUUUUCAUGAGCUCAAUUUGAAUCAGCUGAGAUACACCCUUUUUACCUGUAAAUGUAUGCUAUUAUAGUCAUUUUUUGGUUUUGUUUUUUCAGUGUGGUUAUACUUUCUGCUUUGACUGUAAAGAAAGCUGGCAUAUUGGUAUGACAUGCAAAGAGUACAAGGAAGUGAUUUCUGACUCGGCCUCAGGAGUAAGGUGGGCAAUAGAAAUAAAAAAUUCAGACAUUUUGUUGCUAAUUUGCACAUUACACAAAUUUGCAAAUCUUUGUUUUACUCUACUACGAACAUUUUGUACAUCAGAAAGUUUCUAAAUUUUCAGACAGCAAAGAUCCUUUCCAUGCAUUUGUUACCUCACAGCUUGAUAAUAAAAACUUCUUGCUUUAUGGUCUCCCCAGGACUUAUUACAGUGUCUGCAAUAUGUUUUGAAUUCUGCAGCUAGGCAUCACCAUGUCAAGAAAAUCAGAUUAUGUUACGCCACUGCUUUUUCAGUUACAUUUGCUGCCUGUUGAGCAGUGUAUUGAAUUUUAAGUGUUGCAUUUAACAUACAAGGCGAUGCAAGGUUUGGCUCUUCCAUACUUAAGUGAUCUCCUAGAGCCUUACUCUCCAUUGCAUAGUUUGCGAUCUGCUUCAAAACUGUUUCCUAAGUAGCCUACGAACAGCAGACGCAUUUCCGGUUGUCGCUUCUCUCCCUCCGAAAAUUGGCGACGCUAUUUUUCGGAGGGAGAGAAGCAACGUCCAGAAAUGCAUGUGCUGUUCGCAGGCUUUUUCCUAAGUAGCCCUCAUUUAAUCUGAGAACGUAAUUAUUUCGGUUUGUGCACAAAGACUUUGGAAGUUGCAGCCUUUUUACAUUAAAUCAAGCCCUUCUGUUGACACUUUAAAGAAAAGACUACAGACAUCUCUUUUUACGAAAGCUUUUCAUUGAAUCAUUUAUUAAUUUUGGUGAACGUGAACUUUGCGAUGAUAGGUUUUACUUUAUAUUACUAAUAUUAUUACUAUUAUUAUUUUAAAAAUGUAGCAAUAGGUCUCUUUGGGGCAAGGCAUGUACAGUCUUUGUGUAUUAAUGAGACAUAUUCUUGUAACUAUUGGUUCCUUGUAGAAAAUGUGGCGUCCUUUUUGGUCCCCUCAGAUUGUUACAUCAAUAUCAAUAUAAUCAUCAAGAGAGAGUGAAACUAACAAAAUACUAACUUGUUGCUAUUUUGACAGAUUUGUUGAUAUCUUAAAAGAAAGUGGGGAAAUGGGAGAUUUGAAAGAAUGUCCACUGUGUCAAGUUUUGAUUAUGAGAGAAGCUGGAUGUGCUCAGAUGAUGUGUGGCCACUGCAAGCACAUCUUCUGUUGGCACUGCCUCAAGUCUCUUGAUGUAAGUACAAUAGCCAAAACGUAAUAUUUUCAAAAAUGAAAAGGACUAGCUAGUCUCCUCUCCAACUACUAUCUGAAAGUAAUGAUCAUGAGGACUAAAGAGAGUCUGGCAAAAGAAGAACAGAGAAGCAAAAAUUAAAGGCAAACAACAACAACAACUAGAACAAACGCUUGCUCAGAAACAUUUGUCGAGCGCACAUGCUCCUAAACAUAAAACAAUAGGUUUAAUUUGUUCCAGAGAAAAAAAAAAUGUAGCUGGGAAAUGGCCAUGGUUGCCCCCAAAGGGCAUUGUUAGUGUUCCUAGGGAAUAACUUAAUUAGCCCGGAAGGUUCCCAUGCCUUUUUGCUGGCUGGCAAGAAAAAUGCAGGUCACAGGUCAUAAGUCAGGUAAAAAUUCAGGUCAUCAUGCUACGGUAAAUAAACAACACUAAAAGAGUCUCCUUGCCCAACCUCAAUACAAAAUAGAGUUUUAGCUUGAUGGUAAAACUCCUUAUCUCAGUUAUUUAUCAAUGAAUGCACAUAGAUCAGUGACCUGCACUUGUGGCCUGUGUUUUGUACGUACCUGCGAAGUCAAUAAGUUAACAAUAUGUUUGAAGUAUAUAUGUUUUCUUUUACCAGAGUGAUAUUAUGCUGAGACAUUAUGACAAGGGUCCUUGUAGAAACAAGUUAGGCCAUUCACGAGCUUCACUCUUUCUCCACAGAACACAGGUUAGUUAAAGGCCCAGCAGUCACUAUUCUUGUUAUUAAUAAAUUUGGGGGCAAACCUCACCACCACUUCCACCAAGGGUGUUGGUUGAAGCCUCCUCCUAUCUAAUGAACUAAAAUGUUAUCAGUAGCUUUCAAUAAUACGGAUUUUAUUUUUUUUCUAGCUUAAUGCCUAUACCUUUAUUUGAUAGGCAGCAAUGCAGCAAACUUGUAGUCCUUUUGACUCAGAGUUGUAAGCAACAAGGUGGUACAUGGUUUGUAUGCAUAGUUACUUACAUGUACCACUCUUUUUUGCUAACUUAGAGAAACUUCAAUUUUUACCAUAACUGAGUGAUUUCUCUCACACUGAUUGGUCGAGGGCUAUGUUCAAUAACAGUACAGUUCUCCCCUAUUACUCAAGAUUCUGAGAAACUUCAAUGGAAAUGGACAUAAAAACUGUCAAUGAAUGUUAUUGUAAAAAACAAAUCGACAACAAUUUUCCAUGGUGUGUACCCUUAUCCACCAUAGAAAUGGCAUCAAAAUGUUCAAAACUUUGCCGUGAAACCACUCGCCUGCAGCUCCUGGUUCCACUUGAGUUUUGAACAUUUUGACAUCAUUUCUGUGGUCGAUAAGAGUACAGACAAUGGAAAAUUGUUGUUGAUUUGUUAAAUAGAAAACAGUUUAAUCAUUGAAAUAUGUAAAUCAUAAUUUUGAGUGAACUGUUUUUGUUUCAGGUUGUUGCUGGAUUUGCUUUCUUUGGAUUAAUGGUUUUAGUGGCAUCCCCAUUUCUACUAUUAAUUUCACCAUGUUUGUUGCUGUCAAAGUGUUUGUUGCGCAAGUAAUGAUUUAUUACAUAGGAGCCGGGAAUUCCAGGAAAAAAUAAUUUUCAGUGAAAAAAGUAGGAAAGAAUUUCUUAAAGGAAUAAUUUGGCUCUUUUAUAAACUAGUAAACUCCCCCAGCAAAAGGUUCAAGGUUCAAAAAAAGAAUAAUAGCUCAUGGAUUUGAACUCGGCUUAUUAAAAUCCUUUCACUCCCAAAGUAAAUUAAGUAAGGUAUUGGAAUAUGGCGUUACUAUCAUAUUUGAAUCUAAGGAGAAAACUCCUUGAUGUUAUUGUACUAAAAAGAGUUCACAUGGAACUCAGGCUUGUGCUACUUUUCUAUUAUUACCAUGAACUUUUUAUUGUGAAACUAUACUCUACUCAUGAUUAUAGAAGUCGUCCUUUGCUUAUGCUUAAGUCUUGUGGUGUAGGUUACUAUUCCUGUAAUUAGCUUAACAACUUAACAACUGUUAUUAUUUGUUUCCCUCAGUCCCCAAAAUGCAAUUUGAAUUUGUCUUCAAUUUCCUUUUGAAUAACUUUUGGGAGUGAAAAGAUUAAAGAAAUUAUUUAUUUGGUUAUCCAAACUAGGAAAGCUUUCUUAAAACUAAUUUUUAAAUUAAGGUUGAUGCCUUGUGUGCAAGAAAGACACUACUUGCAGUUCUGUAUGUAAAGGAAAGGUCCAGGAAGGGGGGGGGGAUCUUUUCUAAAUACACCCAUGUGGCUAAUUAUAGACUUUUUAUAACUAAGUUAUCCGAAACUUAGAACUUAAGGAUUGUUAAGGUCUGCAUAUUAAAAAAAACACCCCCCACCCCUGGGAAGGCUACUUUGAAAAAGACGUUGUUAAACUGUCCAAGAGAAGUUGGGUUUCUGGUGAAGUUCUGUUACUUAUUACACAGCUGCAUUUCUUUUCAAGUGAUGUGAAUGACUUAUACACUUCCAUAAAAUUGUUUUUGACUCUUGCUACAAACUUAUUGUUUUCAAGUGUACUACUUUUCGCCUUAGUCUGCACACUGGUAGCAAAUGAAUUUCUUGAAAACUGUAAUGACGUAAUAGCCCUUUUCCUAAAACUUCAAUUUUGGUACACAGCAUUCCGAACUGAUAUAGAUGUUCUAACAAGUCAGUACCCAAUAGUCUUGUCUAAAUUGGCCUUCAGCUUUAGAUGGUUCUCCAAGUAGUGAAAUACCAUAAACAUAAGCAACAUUGCUAGCUCAAAAAGGGCAAUUAUGAUUUUAUAAAUCCAGCACUAUAAAUUAAAUUAUAUUUCUGUUAGACAGAAAAAAAAACAGGGCAGUAAGGUUUAU